AUGGAUCUUAUAGGUAUCGCCGCCACUAUCAUUGGGCUAACACAAGUAACUUAUGAAGCCCUCUCCAACGCCGCCCGUUACCAUGGAUCACUAUCCAAAACUAAGAGAGCUAUCGCUCUGGAAAUGCACCUGUUACAAGAAGCGCGCACCUUGAUGCCUAUGCUCGAGAGGGUCGAGAAGAUUCUAAGCGAGGAUCGUGAGGGACCUCCCGGGAGGCACUCACCAACGUAUAUUACCCCUCUGGUUCAGGUUUUUGAUUCAACAACGACUACUCUCACCGAGUUGUCAGAAUUGAUGCGCGGUUUGAACCACCGCCACGGGCUUAGCUUUCGGCAGCGUUUCGCAUUGUCAAAAACAGAGAAUACGCUCUCUGAUAUCGCUGCGCGUUUGAAGGAACACAAGUCGUUCUUAGAUGUGAUAUUACUGCUUCUUCCAAGAUUAAAGUUUAUGAGUACUAACACAACACAGCGAAAGCCAGAUUUCUCAGCUGCGUCUGGACGGUGCCGCCUCGGCGCAAGCACCUCUCCCAACGGGACUUCUGUUGAUCACGUUUCCCCCGCCUCACAUGACAUUCCCCCUACCCCCGGGUGGACUGACGACCGUCCGGGCGUCUCCGCGCUCUCAAACGUGUCGUGGGCCCUGCUGAAAUCUACUCUAAGGAGAUCGAUGCUCUUUGCAGGGUUUCAGAUCGACGAGACCUGUUUGUUGAGUUCUUUGGCUGGUAUGCCGGUGUUGAAUCAGUCGUCACCAUUACUGGAGGACACCUGUCGCGAGAUCACACGACAGACCUUGGAGGGGCUCAGGGUGUUACAUGAAAGACAUAUCUGCCAUCGUGAUCUGAAGCCACAGAAUAUUCUUGUCGCCAGGCUUGACCCUAUCCAUGUCAAAAUAGCAGAUUUCGGUGUAUCUAAAUGUCUGGAGAACACAGAAUUCCGUACUAGAGUCGGGACUAGUGGAUACAUCGCGCCGGAGCUACUAGGAAUGUGGGCGCAUUUAGGGAGGGGUGGUCUUUUUGGGUACGCCGCGGACCUUUGGUCCAUGGGAUGCAUAAUAUACGAGAUUAUCUCUUGCAAAAAACCCUUCGAGAUGGCGGCGCCAACAACCUCGGUGUGCUCUGGGAGUGUUGCCAAUUUCUCGGGGCUAACAGAUCUCCUUUCACUCCUUCGGUUCUGCAAAGGUGAAACCCCACAUCCUGCCGAGACACUUCAGCAGUGUGGGGCAAGUAUACAGGCCAUGGAUGUGGUUAAGGCUCUUUUAAGAGCAGAUCCAUCCUCAAGAUUAUCAGCGUCGGAGGCUUUAGAGUUGCCGUGGUUUGUGGGCGCAGAGCAACACAGGUCCGUGCCAAACACUGAAACUGUAAAGACCUCCAGGCGAUUAACUAUGGAUACAUCUACAACGGAAGCUUCAGAAAACAGUCCACCCAACUCUAGCUCGGGUGGAACAGCUUCGAACAGCACUGCAUAA